GCCCGGCUUGAUGAUCUCGGUCGCGUACAUGGAUCCGGGCAACUACUCCACUGCCGUUGCUGCCGGCUCGGCGUACCAAUACAAAUUGCUUUUUUCCAUUUUUCUCUCCAACUGCUUGGCCAUAUUCCUCCAGGUCUUGUCUGCCAAGUUGGGAGCAGUGACGGGGCUCGACCUCGCCGCAAACUGCCGCGAGAACUUGUCGCCGCGGCUCAAUCUAUUCAUCUAUGUCCUUGCGGAAAUCGCCAUUAUCGCCACGGACUUGGCCGAGGUGGUUGGCACCGCCAUCGCACUAAACAUUCUCUUCAACAUCCCGUUGUUCCUAGGCGUCAUCAUCACUGUGGUGGACGUGUUGAUUGUCCUCAUGGCCUACAGGCCCAACGGCCCGCUACUAUUCAUCCGCAUCUUCGAGCUUUUUGUGUCUCUCUUGGUGCUAGGCACUGUCGUGUGUUUUGCCGUGGAGUUAUUCCAGGUCUCGAAAGACCCCGACUUUUCUGUUAUCGAAGUUCUCAAGGGGUUCCUUCCAAACGAAAAAGUCAUUGACACCGAGGAGCGUGAGGGUGGAAACGGCUUGUUUCUCAGCUUGGCCAUUUUGGGUGCCACUGUCAUGCCCCACUCGUUGUACUUGGGGUCUGGCUUGGUUCAGGCAAGGCUCAAGGACUUUGACAUCAAGCACGGCUACUAUGCGCCUGAAAAGUCCCCCAACAGCGAGCCCGAACAUGGCACAUCCGCAGACUUCUCAAGUGAGGACCACGACCGAGCUGUUGACAAUGUUGCCCUUGCACACGAUGCUGACAACGACAGUGAGCCGAAUUACCGUCCGUCGAUCCAUGCAAUCAAAGACACAAUGACGUACACGAUCGUUGAACUCGUCGUAUCGCUUUUCACCGUGGCUCUUUUUGUCAACGCCACAAUCCUCAUUGUUGCCGGUGCAACCAUGGGCGGCAGCAAGAAGCGGGAUGACGACGAGUCCGACGAUGACUCCGAUGACGACGAUGAAGCUGGAACAAGCGGUGACCUCUUCACAAUCUACCAACUCCUUUCCACACAUAUAUCUCCAAGUGCGGGCAUGGUAUUUGCGCUAGCUCUUCUUUGUUCAGGGCAGAGUGCAGGUGUGGUCUGUACAUUGGCUGGCCAGAUGGUGCUGGAAGGGUUUUUGAGAUGGAGCUUCUCUCCGGUUGUGAGACGACUCAUUACCCGGGCUCUAGCCAUCGCGCCCUGUUUAUUUGUGGUGUUGUAUGCUGGAAGAGAGGGCUUGGCCAGGACUUUGAACGCGCUGCAGGUGGUGCUUUCUGUCUUGCUUCCUGUUGUCACGGCGCCGUUGAUUUGGUUCACUUGUUCGAAAUCCAUCAUGAGGGUGCCCGUCACGGUCCGCGAAGGUGAGGACGAUAUUGAAACGAUUUUUGACACUGAUGUCCCAGAGGGUGUAACAAAGAACACAACCAUUCAAUUUAGAAAUCAGAGUCAGCGGUUUACAGCCACGGAACCUGCCAUUAGGCUCCAGGAUUUGAGACGAGCGCAUCCUUGCGCAGGCUGGGAGGAUGCGCCCGAAGACGAGAGCCACGAGCAGCAAAACUUGAUUCUGGAACAUAUGGCGAAAUCCCGCUCACAUUCUGUGAGUGCGCCGUCGAUGGGUGUCUUGAGACCAGAAGCCGAGAGAGUGCCAAGUGAGAAUGGCGACACUGAUCAAGGCUUGCUCGUUAUGAGAGGAUACACUGAUAUGAGCAAUGGCACAGUGAUGACUGUGUUGGCGGUAUUAGUAUGGGGCUUUGUGACUGGCCUCAACAUGUUCCUUCUUGGGAGCUUCCUACUUGGGUACGAUGUUCCCUUGUAAUUUGUAAAUUAAACCAUUCAUGGACAUGAAACGGUAAGUGGGUGUAUAUUAGGAAUAAACUAUAGAAUAACUCUUGCAGACGAGCAUUGCCUCAUUUGUCUCUGAAGGGGGCAAAUUGACCAGAAUAGUAUAAACCCCGUCUCACAACAAGACGUUUCCCAGACGCACAUUUAAUAAGGACACACGCCAAAAGCUUCAUGAACUCCUUUAAAUCUGACCUUGGGUAUUCAGCCAGUGUAUUUCCAGAAAAUUCACAAGCAGAUUCAUGUACCUGUAACUCCAGGUAUCUAUGACAGAAGUGAGAAAACUAACAUUUACUUGCAUAGCUGAUGAGGCAAAUUGAUCAAACCUUUCAUACCUCGGCAGGCUUAUUGUGAAACAUAGAACAGCUAAUGAUUUUGGAAUAUUU